CGGGGGCCGGGACGACGGCUGGGGCGCCGGGGUCGUCAGCUCCUCGCCCACCUCCCUCCCUGUGGGAGAAGAGGAGGAGGGGAAGUGACUGCGGAGUUGAUGAACUUUGCACAUCCAGAAACGCCAUUUUGAUUCCUUUUCCGGAACAAGUUUGCAUCUCUCCUCGUUCUCUCCCCGAAGCCCACCGGUCCCCACGGCAUCAUGCCUGGGAGCCAAGCACCCUGCCCGGCCGUUGCUCCAAUUCUCCUCCAGAGGUGGUUGCUUUGAGGUGUGACCCUGCCCACGUUCGGGCCCCGCCAGCACCAGCUCCUCAGUAAGGAGAACCAAGAUUGAUAAGACGAGGUAAACAGUGUCAACGAGUGAUACGAAGAGAAGGAAAAAAAAGGAGUGAAACAGACUCAUUUCCCCCUCCGCGUGGAUGAUAGCUAUAGCAGGGGAAAAUCUCAUAGUGUAUCAGUUGGGGCAGAAAAUGGAGUUCUGUGACAGAGGCUUCUUAGAAGCAUAAACCCUUGUCCCAAUGACGUCAAGUUCGCCCAUUGGCUUGGAAGGUUCAGACUUGUCUUCCAUCAACACCAUGAUGUCAGCGGUAAUGAGUGUAGGGAAGGUCACUGAGAAUGGCGGGAGCCCCCAGAGCAUCAAGUCCCCCACGAAGCCUCCAGGACCAAAUCGGAUUGGCAGAAGGAACCAGGAAAUGAAAGAGGAGAAGUCUUCCUAUAACUGUCCCCUGUGUGAAAAGAUUUGCACUACACAGCACCAGUUAACUAUGCACAUUCGUCAGCACAACACGGACACCGGAGGGGCAGACCACUCGUGCAGCAUCUGCGGGAAGUCGCUGAGCUCGGCCAGCUCCCUGGACCGUCACAUGCUGGUGCACUCUGGCGAGAGGCCGUACAAGUGCACGGUGUGCGGCCAGUCUUUUACCACCAAUGGGAACAUGCACAGACAUAUGAAGAUUCAUGAGAAGGACCCCAACAGUGCUACCGCUGCAGCCCCUCCAUCCCCACUGAAGCGCAGGCGGCUGUCCUCCAAAAGGAAACUGAGUCAUGACGCCGAGUCGGAGAAGGAAGACCCUGCACCUGCUAAAAAGAUGGUAGAAGAUGGGCAGUUGGGUGACUUGAAAAAGAAGGCUGAUGAAGUGUUUCACUGCCCAGUAUGUUUCAAGGAGUUUGUUUGCAAGUAUGGACUGGAGACCCACAUGGAGACGCACUCAGAUAACCCACUAAGAUGUGACAUUUGCUGUGUCACCUUCCGGACACAUAGAGGAUUGCUACGCCACAAUGCGCUUGUCCACAAACAGCUUCCCAGAGACGCAAUGGGAAGGCCUUUCAUCCAGAACAACCCUUCCAUUCCUGCUGGCUUCCACGACUUAGGAUUCACUGACUUCUCCUGUAGGAAGUUUCCUUGGAUUUCUCAGGCCUGGUGUGAAACAAACCUGCGAAGGUGCAUCAGCGAGCAGCACCGUUUCAUCUGUGACAUCUGCGACAAGGCGUUCCCCAUGCUUUCCUCGCUCGCCCUGCACAAGCCGACCCACGUCGCUGCGGACCAGGGACGGGAGAGGCUGCAGGCCAAGACCCUGCCUGGCGACGCCCUGGACCAGAAGGUCUUCCUGGCAUUGAUGGGCCUGCAGCACACCAAAGACGUCAGGCCUGUUCUGGCGGAGGAGCCCCUUCCGGAUGACAACCAAGCAAUACAGCUCCAGACACUCAAGUGUCAGCUACCUCAGGACCCCGGCUGCACCAACAUGCUGAGGCUAUCUCCUUUUGAAGCUGCUUCCCUGGGCGGUUCUCUCACGGUGCUCCCGGCUACCAAGGAGAGCAUGAAGCACCUGUCCCUGCAGCCCUUCCAGAAGGGCUUCAUCAUCCAGCCCGAUAGUAGUAUUGUGGUCAAGCCUAUCUCUGGCGAGUCUGCCAUCGAGCUGGCGGACAUCCAGCAGAUCCUGAAGAUGGCAGCCUCAGCGCCCCCUCAAAUCAGUCUUCCGCCUCUUUCUAAGGCCCCUGCAGCCCCUUUACAGGCGAUUUUCAAACACAUGCCCCCUCUGAAGCCAAAGCCCCUGGUCACACCACGGACGGUGGUGGCCACGUCCACGCCCCCCCCACUCAUCAAUGCCCAGCAGGCCUCCCCAGGCUGCAUUAGUCCCAGCCUGCCCCCACCGCCCCUGAAGCUCCUCAAAGGCUCAGUGGAAGUGGCCUCCAGCACCCACCUGCUGCAGUCCAAGUCUGGGACCCAGCCAAACACGGCCAUGCAGCUCUUCCUGCAGCAGCCGCGGGUGGAUCUGCCAGGCCAGGCUGAGAUGAAGACGCAGCUGGAGCAGGACAGCAUCAUCGAGGCCCUGCUGCCCCUGAGCAUGGAGGCCAAGAUCAAGCAGGAGAUAACGGAGGGGGACCUCAAAGCCAUCAUGACGGGCCCCAGCAGCAAGAAAUCGCCGGCCAUGCGCAAGGUGCUCUACCCCUGCCGCUUUUGCAACCAGGUGUUUGCCUUCUCGGGGGUCCUGCGCGCGCACGUUCGCUCCCACCUGGGCAUCUCGCCAUACCAGUGCAACAUCUGCGACUACAUCGCUGCGGACAAGGCCGCGCUCAUCCGCCACCUGCGCACACACAGCGGUGAGCGGCCCUACAUCUGCAAGAUCUGUCACUACCCCUUCACGGUCAAGGCCAACUGCGAGCGGCACCUGCGCAAGAAGCACCUUAAAGCCACCCGCAAGGACAUUGAGAAGAACAUCGAGUACGUGACCAGCAGCGCUGCUGAGAUGGUGGACGCCUUCUGCUCCCCAGACACGGUGUGCCGGCUUUGCGGCGAGGACCUGAAGCACUACCGUGCCCUGCGCAUCCACAUGCGCACGCAUUGCGGCCGCGGCCUGGGCGGCUGUCCCAAGGGCCGCAAGCCCUUUGAGUGCAAGGAGUGCAGUGCCACCUUCUCGGCCAAGCGCAACUGCAUCCAUCACAUCCUUAAGCAACACCUGCACGUGCCGGAGCACGACAUCGAAAGCUACAUCCUGGCAGCCGAUGGCCUGGGCCCCAAGGAGGCCCCGGUGGCUGAGGCCUCCGGGAGGAUGGAGGAGGGGGGCGGGGCCUUUGGCGAGCGCAAACCCCUUGCCACCUACCUGGAGUCCCAGAAUGGCUAUCUUCAUGGGGGCCCCACCCAGCCGCCACCUCCUCAUGUCUCGGUCAAGUUGGAACCCACUAGCAACUUCGCAGUGGACUUAAGUGAGCCCUUGGACUUCUCUCAGAAGGGCCUGGCCCUGGUCCAAGUGAAGCAGGAAAAUGCGGCCUUGUUCCUAAGACCCUCUUCCUCGGCGCCCUAUGACUACUCCAUGGAGCCCAUUGACCUGUCCAUCCCCAAGAACUUCAGGAGAGGAGACAAGGAUUUGGCUGCUCCCAGCGAAGCCAAGAAGCCUGAGCAGGAACCAGAGAGCAGGGAGGCACCCUCUCCUUGUCCACCACCGUGCCCUACCCUGCCAGUGACCUUGGGGCCCAGCGGGAUCCUGGAAAAACCCGUGGCCCCUGCAGCAGCAGCCUUGACAGCCACCACUCUGGAAGCUCACGCUCAGCCGCUGCAGGGCUCUGUUCAGCUUGCUGUCCCCAUUUACUCGUCAGCCCUCGUCAACAGCUCUUCCCUCUUGGGCAACUCCACCCUCAUAAGCAGUCCAGCCUUGUUGCGGCCGCUGCGCCCCAAGCCCCCCCUGCUCUUGCCAAAGCCCCCCGUGACAGAAGAGCUACCCCCACUGGCCUCCAUUGCCCAGAUCAUCUCAUCCGUGUCCUCAGCCCCCACCUUGCUGAAAACUAAGGUGGCUGAACCAGGGCCCACAAGCACCAGCAGUAACACCACAGCUUCAGACAGCCUAGGAGGCACCAUCCCCAAAGCUGACACCACCAGCCCAAAAGAACCCAGCAACCCACCCCCUGCCGCCAACAGUCCAGAGCUUCCAGUGACAAUCUCAGCAGCUUCUCUGUUAAAUCAUUUUAUAGAGCGCUUGGCUGUGUCUGGUGCCGUGUUAGAACAUUUUCCAUUCAUCAAGCGUCAGAAACCCUUCCCUUGUCAAAAAUGCGAUGCCUUCUUUUCUACCAAAUCUAACUGUGAACGCCACCAGUUGCGCAAACACGGAGUUACCAACUGCUCCCUGAGAAGAAACGGGCUUAUGCCCCAGUCAAAAGAGAGUGAUGUUGGACCCCAUGAUAGCACAGACAGCCAAUCCGAUGUGGAAACGUCAGCCGUGGGCGGCGAAGUGCUGGAUCUCACCUCUCGGGAGAAAGAGCAGUCAUCGUCAGAGGGGGGCCCUGAGCCCGACCAGGCCAAAGAGGAGCUCCCCGGGGAGGAGGUGACUCAGGGAGCAGCAGAGCCCGUAGACAGGGAGGAGCUGGGAAGCGAGGAGGCCCCGGAGCCGGAGGAGAAGCCGGGUGCGGAGGAUAGGGAAGAGGAUGUGGAUGGCCCCGAGGAGGACGCCGGCAGCAAUAAGAGUCUGGACCUCAACCUCGCCAGCAAGCUCAUGGGCUUCAAGCUGGCCGACGGUGACACCGGGGCUGUGGGCGGCGGAGCCUCGGCCCAGCAGGACCAGAAGCACGCCUGUGACGUCUGUGGCAAGAGCUUCAAGUUUCUUGGGACCCUGAGCCGCCACCGAAAGGCCCAUGGCCGGGAGGAGCCCAGGGAGGAGAGUGCGCCCCCUCGGGAGGGCCAGGGCGAGAGCGGGGCGGCCGAAGGGUCACUGCCCAUGCCCGCGACCCCUGUCCUUGAGCCGGAGGAGAAGCCCCAGCCCCCGGCUGAUGGGGAGGUCGCGUCAGAAGGCUCAGUGGAGAAGCACAGCGAGGAGGCCGACGGCGUCUCUGAUGGGGAGGGCAUGGGCGACAAGAAGGCCUCCGAGAAGAGUGACGAUGACAAGAAGCCAAAGACAGACUCCUCCAGAGGCGUGACCAGCAAAGCGGACAAGAGAAAGAAGGUCUGCACUGUGUGCAGCAAGAGGUUCUGGUCUCUGCAGGACUUGACCCGGCACAUGAGGUCCCACACAGGAGAAAGGCCAUACAAAUGUCAGACCUGUGAGCGAACCUUCACCUUGAAGCACAGCCUGGUUCGCCAUCAGCGGGUCCACCAGAAAACCAGGCAUGCCAAACACCACGGGAAGGACAGCGACAGGGAUGAACGGGGUGAUGAGGACAGUGAAAGCGAGUCCACCCACAGCGGCAACAACCCCGUCUCAGAGAACGAGGCUGACUCGGCUUUGCUGGUCAGCAACCACGUGGCUGUCACCCGGAGCCGGAAGGAGAGCCAGGCCAAGGAUGCCAGCCGCAGGGAGGAGAGGGCAGCGGGUCGGACAGCUGGUGCCGGGCAGGCGGAAGCCAGCAGGAGCGCCCCCAAGGCCACUCCCGUGGGCAGCCCCAAGGAGCAGGCCCCUCAGGAUGACCCGGACCCAGAGACCCCGGCUGCCCUGGUGCAGGACCUACUGGAGCUGCACGGCCAGAGGCCCGCCCACCCCAUCCUGGCUGCCGCGGAUGGCACCUCGCCACUCCUGGGAAUGGAAUGACAGCUCAUGCUGUCCCCCAGCACACAGACAAAAGCCAGCAGAGCAAAGUAUCCUGAAUCUAUGUUUCAUGAGGUUUCCUCAGUGCCCUUCAGCUGUCUGGGAGCGAAAGAGAGGGAGAGACAGACAGACAGACACGAGCAAGGGCGGCCGACGCCCGGUGCCAUAGCCUUUACCACAAGCCCGUGCAAGAGACCAGCACGGACGAUUCGAGUGCCUUAACUACUUACUGGUCCUUCAGUGUCGUCCUGGGUGUUGUGUUGUCCCAAAAUGACUUUUUAAAACACAAAUAUUUUAAUGAAUUAUUUGGACAGGACCUUUUCAUUUUAAGCAUUAACGUUACCUUCUGUGUUGGUGUGUGUGAGCUUGUUCUUGUGAAUCUGUGAUAGUAACGUUUGUUCUGUGAGCUGGAAACAGAAGAAAAAACAUGCCCUUGGAUACCCAUAGCCAAUAACUGGAAGAAAAUGAUGUGAAUUUCAUGUAAAUUACCAGAGGAAAUAUGGAUGAGAUGCUUAUUUCUUGAAUAGACCUUUUUAUUUCUUUCUUUUUUUUUUUGUCUGCUACAUGAUGGAGCUAUAAUUUGGCCCUCUGUAUUACAGGAUGUGGUUGAUGAAGGUUUCCAAUUUGGUUCGAACCAAAACCAGGAAAGAUUCUAGCUUCAACCUCAUACAUGUUUUCACUCUUUCAGCGUUAGACAUGCUAUUACUGUUCAAGUUUCAAGACGUUUGUUCUUAACUUACAGAGAAGAGUUACCCUGGCAACUUAAUCUAUGGAGAACAUACACAGAUGUCACAUAUCUGAUUUCCCCCUUUCGAUAUAUGUAUUAUUAAUAUUAUUAUUAUUAUUAUUUUUAGUUCAUCAAUUUGCUGGUCUCUCCAGUCAGCAGAAACAAAUGGGCAAUAUUUGUCCUGGAGACCUGGGCUGCCCCCCGGGGUUCCCGCAUAAGCGUCUGCCCACAGCUUUUCUUGCCACCCUUGGGUGGGAGCUCUUCUACUGUACUUAGACAAGCCUUUCUUCCGUGACUGCAGAAUCCAGCAGGGGCCAUGAAUGGUCCUCUGCCCGUGGCCGAGGAGCAGCUCAGAGGGGAGAGCAGGGGUACGUGCGCCCGGGGCUUCUGAGAAAGCCAGGCAGCAAGGAGACCUGUACUCACCGGUCUUCUGCCAAACCCAGCCCAAGCCUUACCCGCCUGUGCUACUGUCAUUUGCAAAGCGAGGAAAUAUUACUACUGGUAAUGAAACUGCACAUGCAAAAUUGAAGAUGAGAAAGAGAUUUAUAUUUACCUUCCUGCGAUUUGGGAUUGGUGCUUGAAGAUAACGUAUUGUUUCUAGUUUCCGAAAUAGCCUGAACUCCUCAGUGCAAAAAGGCAGGAUCUUUUUUUUGUUUUGUUUUGUUUUGUUUUGUUUUGUGAGCAUCCUAUGCAGGCAAUAGACUUCCCUCGCUGUAGCCACCAGCAGUGAAAAGAAAUAUAUCCUACUGUAGCUGAGCUUGUGUUCAGCACCCUGUCCUCCAGCCAGGACCUCUAGGACGCCUGCGGCUCAGUGCUGCGGGGCCUCCUGCGCUGCUCCCCCACUCAGAUCCUCUUGCCUUGUCUAGGGGAGCCUCCCCAUACCCCCACCGCCCCCCACCUCCCCGGGACCCUGACCUUCUGGCCCUAAGUGCUUCUCCUUUAUACUCAGUUACGUGUGCAGACAGACGCACAGACCCUUUCCUCCAUUUUUCUCACCAGUUUCUGGUGGCCAAAAUCCAACCGCCCAGACUUCAAAGGAAGAUACAUAUUCUUGAGGUAAUGAAAAGUGAUAUCUUUGCAUGUGAAAGAAAAAAAGUUGAGGUAUAUAUAAUUUUUAACUGUAUUGGGGAUGUAUGAACCAGUUUAAAAACGAGGUUUUAUUUACUCUAGAUGAACACACAUCAGAACCAAUGAUCCCCCUGGAUCACUUCAUACCAAGUGUGGUCUGCUUAGUUAAAACCAAUUCAUGCAUCCCUUAAUUUUGUAUGACGAUUGUUGUUAUUUUCGUUGUUAUUAUUAUUUGGGGUUUCUUGUGUUUUGUUUUUCUUUGCAACUCUCCACACUAAAACUCGCAACAUGUGGGGAGAAGCCAUGACUUAACUCUACAGCUGCAGUGAGAUGUAGCAGGAAUCGCCCCGGCAACACAGCCGAGGCUGCAGCUCGCAAUAAUCACUAUUGAUUUAAAGCUUUAUUUAGCCUUCAUCUGUCCCCUCAUAGUCAAUAAGGUCUUGCCACAUUUUAUUAGUGAGGUUGAGAAAUGUAUUAUUUGUUUGUUGUUCUGUUCCCCUCCCCCAAUAUUAAACUGUGAAAUUUGUGAUUUGUUUAAACUCUGGGUGAAUCAUAGCUUAGUUUGCAUGUCCAGCUAAUUUGUUUCCAUACAUUUUGUUUGAUUCUCUUUCUCCUUCUCUCAGGGCUUUUAUAAAAAAAAAAACAAAAAAAAUUAUAUAUAUAUAUAUAUAUAUAUAUUAUAUAUAUAUAUAUAUACAUAUAUAUAUAUAUAUAUAUAUGGAUCUUCUGAAAAGUUUUUUGAGGUGCAAGUUUUUCUCUUUUUGUUUUUCUCUUUGAUUUGUGGACACAAUGCUGAGAUUCAAUCACUACAUGAAACUCCUGGCUGUGAAAAUAAAACAAAAAACCCAAAGGGCUGUUUUCCCAAGCGGCCCGCAGGGAAGCUACGUGACAGUCGGACACCGGUUUCGGGAAGAUUCAUCGUAACGUCAACCCUCUAUUCGCCUCUUUCCUCUCCUCUCUUUCUUCAAGAAGGAAGUUGAUCCUAGUGAUUUCAGCCCGUGCAUUAAACAGGAAACAAUAAUAAAUGUGUAGAAUUCAUAUUUUUCUAAAGGGAACUUAAAAACUGCUGCUACAUGUUAUGUACAAAACUGGUUUAUGCCACAUGAACAGAAUCACAAGUUUGGUUUUGGUACUUUUUGUUCCUCUUUGUAUUCAGUUGUAUAGUACUUCCAAAUUCAAAAUGAGAAGAAAAGCUGUUCUGUAUCAAACCAUCUAAGCAAUAAAUGUUAUAUUUUAAAAACGGCA